UUGCUUACUUCUCACGACGAGUGAGUGACAGCGAGCUGGGGACGAGGCAGGGAGCGCGUCAGGGUAGGGGAGUGUGGUGCCUGUGGUGCGAGUUGUGGCUGGUGUAUUAUAUAAGCAUGUUAAUCUGGAUGUGUGGUCUGUGCAUCGGAACAACCCAGUCUCUAUCUGUAUCAGUGUUGGAUUCGUCAUUGUGGGGGUCAGGUCAGAGGACGCGCCGGGAGCAGUUGAUAGCAAGCAUGAUACUCUCAAAGGUCAAUAUGAACCUUUACUCAAGCAACCCCAAAGAAUAGGACAGAGGAUGUGCUGGUUUGGGGCAUUGUUCAGUACAAGCUAAUUCCAAUAAGCGAUAACGGAGGUUCAUUUCCCCAACACAUCUACGACGGAGCGACUCUGGCCCCGCCACAUCGGGCCGCAUACUGCAACUGCUGUUAGCGGCCGUAUCAGUGCGCCUGUACUUCAACCAACCAACGACCAUUCGAGGCAGCCUGACGAAGCCAAUCUUGUACAUUCAACACCUUCUCCCCCGAGGACACACGCGCCGUGAAAGAGGGCCGAGCCGUAUUGUCAAUCAAUUGAAGCGUUCGACAGUCGCCAAUAUGGGCGACCACGAGCACGCCACGAUCAAGCACCAGGACCAUCUCCUCCUCGACCAACCCCUCCUCCGCCUCCCGUACGAGCUCCUCCGCAAAAACUUCCGGUCUGCCCACUUCACCGUCGAAAAGGACUCGACCGCCAUCAAGUCCCUUCUCAAGGAGACCGCCACGGCCUCGGUCAACAGCCGCGCAUCACCCGACGAUGUCAUCCGCAACCUCGAUGCCAUGAUCGCCCGCAUGCGCGGCGUCAAGCGCAAGCUCACCGCCCACGCCGACGAGGAGGCCCGCCUCACCCGCCAGGCCGGUGCUCGUAUCUCCCACCUUGGUGACCUCUAUAAUAUGCACUCGGUCGAAGACGUCAAGUACGAGGCCUGGAGCCGCGCCCGUCUCGAUCGCUUGCUUGUUGACUACCUGCUUCGGCAUGGCUACAACGAAAGCGCCCAAGCACUUACCGCCGAGCGAAACAUGGAUGAUCUUGUUGACGUCGAGACCUUUGUGCAUAUGAGCCGCAUUCAGGAGUCACUCAGGCGUGGGAGCGUCGUUGAGGCGUUGGCCUGGUGCCAGGACAACAAGAAGGAGCUUCGCAAGAUGGAUAGCAAUCUCGAGUUCAUGCUCCGUUUCCAGCAGUACAUCGAGCUCGUUCGCACCCAAUCCCAACCGAAACUGCUCGAAGCCAUCGCCCACGCCAAGAAGUAUCUUGUCCCGUUCAAGGCAACGUAUCCCGACGAGCUUCGCAAGGCCUUCGGUCUCCUUGCCUACCCUCCCACCGCUGCAAACGCCGUUUACUCCGAUCUCUAUAGUUCAGACCGCUGGGACGCGCUUGCCGACCUCUUCACCAGCACCCACAACAACCUUCUCGCUCUCCCCUCAUACCCUCUUCUGCACAUAGCCCUCUCAUCAGGUCUCUCUGCCCUCAAGACCCCGGCUUGUCACUCUUUAAACUCGUCACACGUUGCUGCGGAUGCCAACACUGCAACCAAUGCAUCCGCCACCGCGGGCACGCAGUCCGUCUGCCCAAUCUGCUCGACAGAACUCAACGAUCUCGCCCGCAACGUCCCAUACGCGCAUCACACCAAGAGCUACGUCGAGCACGACCUGUUGCUGUUGCCGAACAGUCGGGCUUACGGCAAAGAGCGUCUUGAGGAGUAUGCCAAAAAGUCGGGCUUGCCGCCGGACCAGGUCAAAGAUUUGCGUACCGGCGAGGUCUACUCCAUGGACAAGCUCAAAAAGGUCUUCAUUACAUGAUUCUGCUGCAGAUGUAUCUGCGUACUAGUCCGCCAUCAAGACUCACAGUUUGUCUUGUUGCCGUCUCUUGCAGGGAUUAUUACACGUCGAAUGGUUAGUGUUGCUUUAUGAUGGCGUUUGCUAAGGUUUAUGGAGUUUUCAGGCGCAGCACGGGUAUAGGGAAUAAAGGCAUCAGGGACACGACUCCUCCACAAACAGUUCACGUUUAUAGUAGAGAAGCAGAAGCAAUCAAAACGACAACUGUGAGAUUACUCUGGGAAUCUGUUUUUCUACUAUGAAUGCCGUUCUCCCUGCCUCCAUAUUUCACACCCAUCAAAUGGCAGGUUCGGAGCUUGGAGGAAGCCAGAGCGGCAUUCCGCCUGGCGGCGAUUUUGACGCCCCGCAAGUGCUGUACCUUGUCAUCGGACAAGAAGAGCAUGGCAGGCCUACGAUUGAGGCCGAGAAACUAGGUAGUAACCGAGCAGGUUCGCAAUCCGUUCUGUAACUCCCCUGGACACCUACACGAGGGCAUUCUGUCCCCAAGGCACCGGUGCACACCCCUCGUUUCGUCUCGUCGACAUUAUGUCCAUUGCCGACGAGUCCCAAGUUUCCUAGAAAAGAGCACCAAGGCAGUGAAGGCUGCCCCGUGUUCGUCAUAUGGAAUCUCUGGCCCUGACGCUUUCCCAUCCCGACGCUUUUACAUGUGGUAUCCCUCCAUUUGAAACCUCCGCGCAUGCGUGUGUGCAUUUUCGACGAGGUGGGCUCGUCUGUCCUAGCUGGAGGAAGGCCCCGCUGGCGGGGUGUAGCCUAUGUUGAUGCGGAUCACUUGUUGUAUUGGCCCAUGGCUGACAACAGUCUUGACCCUCUAUGGGCCCCUUAGCGGAUAUUGGGGUCGACUUCCAUAAUCUGGGCGGCUGGACAGGGUGUAUGCUAUGUCUCGAUGGAUCAUGAGACUGUAAGUUGGCGGUAGCUUGU